AUGGCGACAACGAAUCGUAGUAAUGAACAAAAUGUUAAGCCUGUCUUUAUUAAAGACGACGAUAUUAGGAAAAAGGAAGAGGAAUAUCUAAAAGAGGAAGAUAUUUACUUCGUAUUGAAUACAGUUAUGAACUGUGAUCACCUUGUCGGUUUACAGAAAGUUAAAAACUUAUGGCGAGUUUAUAUCGAUGAUCACAGCGAACGUGUGAAGGUCAUAACAUCAGGACUUAACAUAAGAGGUAAGCAUGUGAACGUACAUGACGUAAAUCCUUACCUCAGCGGAGAAAUAUCUACUAGAAUUCUAUUAAAGGACAUACCAUUAUCUGUACGAAACCAAGAAAUAACAGAUGCCCUAAGAAAGUUAGGUUGUAAUAUCUUGGGAGAAGUGCAAUACGUCAAAUUCAGAAUAAAAGGUAAACUGUCCCGAUUUCUAAACGGCGACCGCGCUGUUUUUGUAGAACCAUUCAAAGACAGUUUGCCAAGAUUCUUAAAGAUAAACAACUUUAACGCCAGAAUAUUUCACAAAGAUCAGAAAGACGCAAAUAAAUGCUUUGAAUGUGGACUACCCGGGCAUAGAGCCAAUGGUUGUCCAAAAAAGCUAGAGAAAAUAAAAUGCCACACUUGUAACAGAACUGGUCACAUGGCAAGAAAUUGCAAAGAGAUGAUUCAGCUAGAUGACAACACACCAACAUCCUUGAAUGACAAAGCAAGUUCCGAAACCGAUCUUAAUAUUUCGGACAGUGAUGAAGAGGAUAACGACGUACAGGAAGAAGAACACACAGUAGAGCACAAUGAUAGUGAUAAAGCAUACCCAGAUAAAGAGUCAUCAACGGAUAAAUCGAGAGACGUGAUCGAAAUUAUCGAACACCUUCUUAAUAAACCUGCCAAUCCCGGAAACGCUCAGGAUUCCGUCGAGUUAGAUGAAAAGGUUCAACAAAUAAUGCAGGAAGCUAUUGAAAGGGUAAAGUCUAUCAACCACGAAGGGAACACAGAUAUAGACAAACAACCUUUCAAGUUAACGAAAAAAGACAGGAAGAAAUUAAAGAAGCGUGAGAAGAAAACAAAAAAGGAUGAACAGGAAAAUAAGCAUGCUGAAAAAGCAGGCAAGAGCAUAAGAGGAAUGAGACCGAUAACGGACUUUGCUACAGCAGGGAUUCCAGAAGCGGUUAUUGCUCAAGACAAUCACGUUGAAAGUGCUUCUGUCGCCAGACAAAACUUUGCCGGAUCGAAAAGAAACAUAAUAACUCACAGUGGUGAAAAGAAUGCAGAGAAAAAAGAGAAGAAAUCUGACUCUGUAAGUUAA